AAUUCAGUAGAAAAUAUUGAAGGAAUGAGCGACCACUUGAGGCUGCUUCUCUCAAUAUUGAGUUAAUAAAAAUAAUAGAUCUAUUUUCCUUUUGUAAUCUUCUGAGUUAGAAGAAGAAGAAGAAGAAGAAAGGAUUAAAAGAAGCGAGAGCUAGGUUGUUUUUUUGUUACAUUUAAUUAAUUACAAAAAAUGGCUGCUCCACCUGUUAGGGCUCGAGCAGAUUACGAUUAUCUCGUUAAGCUUCUCUUAAUCGGCGAUAGCGGUGUGGGUAAGAGUUGUCUUCUUUUGCGAUUCUCAGACGGUUCAUUCACUACUAGCUUCAUUACCACCAUAGGAAUUGAUUUUAAGAUAAGGACCAUUGAGCUUGAUGGAAAACGAAUCAAGCUGCAAAUUUGGGACACUGCUGGUCAGGAACGGUUCAGGACGAUCACAACCGCUUAUUACCGUGGAGCCAUGGGUAUCCUGCUGGUGUAUGAUGUAACUGAUGAAUCAUCAUUUAAUAAUAUCAGGAAUUGGAUUCGUAACAUAGAACAGCAUGCUUCUGACAAUGUAAACAAGAUACUGGUGGGAAACAAGGCCGACAUGGACGAAAGCAAACGGGCUGUUCCCACAGCGAAGGGUCAGGCACUUGCUGAUGAAUAUGGCAUCAAAUUCUUUGAGACUAGUGCUAAAACAAACAUGAAUGUGGAGGAGGUCUUCUUCUCUAUAGCUAGGGAUAUAAGGCAAAGUCGUGCCGAAACUGAUACAAAGGCUGAGCCACAAACUAUCAAGAUUAUCCAACAAGGCCAGGCUGGUGGGUCUUCUGAAGGUUCUCAAAAAUCAGCAUGUUGUGGGUCUUGAUCGUAAAAUAUAUUGGUCAGUCACAUUGACAAAAAGAAGGCAAAGGUUCAACUUUCAGCUUCGACAUAAACAUCAAUAGGAUAUACUAAUCUUGUUAUGACAACUUAAAAAGUUGCUUCUGUUUUUUUUCAUCGGCUAUUAAUAUUUGCCAAGCUGUUUCAAAAGUUGGUUACUAUUAUCAGAAUUCAAUCAAUACAUCUUCCUUCAUUUUCCA